AUGUUCCACGUGUCGCGACGUGCGUGGGGCUCCUUCAUCCUCAACGCGCGCGUCAUUCCCGACUGGUGGCAGGCGUUUCACAGGGAGGAGCGCCAUCGCGUUGCCCGCGCACGUAUCACACAUCUGCGCUCGCCCAGCGGGGAGAGUGGGGAGCAGAGAGACAACAACGCCCCCAUCACGUCGCAGGAGGCCAACGAGCUCGUAAAGACGUACACGUGCAACCACAACGUGGAGGAUCUCAGCUUCGUUGUGCAGUACAUUCGAGAAACACUAGAGGAGCCACUGGCACCGCUGCACUACCACGCAUUGUUUCGGGUAUUCAGCUACACACGAGACAAGGAAAGUAUCGAGCAGCUCUUCCACGUUAUGGCCCAGCGUGGGGAGACCAACAUGGAGACCUACGCCCGUAUCAUCGACGCUCUUCAUUGCCUCGCUCCUAUCGAUGCUCUUGUGCGUAUUCUUCGUGUUAUUGCGAUCACGCAAACUUCAUUUGGGACUCUGAUUACCACAGGAGAGUGCCCACUGUUGACGUCUCUCCUCCAACAUGUCACUAACGGAAGCGGCUACUUGCCCACCGCAGCGCUGCUCGUGGCGCUGUGGAUCCGAGCCCUCGGGGUUCGGCUGUGCGACUGGGACUACAUACACAUUUUGUCCGCACUUCUCUCACACGCUGAUGAGUUCCCGCGUGUGCGGAACACUUUGGGUGUCUUCAGCGAUUUUCCCCGUGGUACAGUGAGUCCCGCGGCGUUCUUUGAGCGGUUGGAGAGCCGUGGGGAAUUGUCGCCGGCUUCAAGCCCAUUGAGCUUGCUCGUCUCCGCCAUGCGGGCAUCGCUUCUGCAGGCGGGCGUGGAUAUGAAUACGCCUGUUGAGUGCGGUGUCAUUAACACGAGGACUGCCGGCAUGUCGUCCAUGGUGGCGUACAUCCUACAGGACAUGGCAUCCACCGCCGCCACAGGGGACUUCUUCGGUGACGUGCUGAGCUGCCACCAUACACUCGCGUUGCUGUACAGCACACUGCGAAAUGACACUGCGGCAGUGGAGACACUGCACGAAGUGGUGCGCGAGGUGCGGUGCCAGGAGACGGCAGGCGCAGCAGGUCGUGCACGCCUUGGCACGUCGCCGCAUGAUGAGUGCGUGCACCACCACUACCUCAUGGACGUGGGAAGUCUGCUCAGCCGUGUCAGCACAAAGACGGCUCAGUCGGUGCGUCUGGGCUACGCCCAGCUGGCACAGACCGCGAGCUCCGACGUCUCGGAAAAUGACAUUGCGGCUGCAGAAAGCUAUGCGAUUGUGUUUGUGCGGAGUAAUGACGAGGCGGAGGAGGCGCUGCGCCAGGUGUCGGAGAGUGUCGAUCUCACGUAUCACCGCACGCGGCUCCCCACAAAGUUGAUGUUCCGACGCUUCGUCGAGCUCUGCGUGAGACACCCAAGGAAGAAUUGCAAAAUGACGGCUGCCGGCUUGGAGGAGCGACGGAAGUGGGGUCGCUACCUCGACGCACGUGAUACCUCGCUUGCCUUGUUUGGUUCGGCGAAGCAAGCGCGGGACGCUAUGAAAUAUUUUUUUUACAAUGAAAACAAGAUGCCAGAGCUGCGCAGCCCUGCAAUGAUCGAGAAGGAUAUGAACGACACCGUGGCGCUGUUCAAGUGGAAGCGUGCACCUAGCAUCGCAUCGCUUCGUGUACGUACAUCACUCCCGCACGUCUGCUGCCCAGCGGACCCCGUUCCGCGUCAUUUGUGGGACCCAGAGGUGUACAAUCCGUACCCACGGGUGAUGCUGCAGACAAGCCCAAUGGAGGACGAGCGCAUUACGGAUGAUAUUUUUCAAGAAUUAUGGCGCGUCCUUAUGAAUCCGUCUAUUGUGGGUACUGAUCAGUGGUACCUGCGGGACUCGGAGAUGUAUCUUCUGCUGUUGCGUUGUCUCAUUCAUCGGCUUGAUUGGGAGGCCGCUGUCCACCUUACCCUUAAAACAAUGGAGAAUCUGACAUACACCUAUAUGAUGGAUCAUGAAGUAACGCUGAUGUUUAAAGAAAUAGGUGACCCUGCUGGAUGCUUGGCGUUUAAGGUGGCCACGAAGCUGUUCGAUGGACGCAUUGUGAAGGAUGGCCAGAGCAAGCGGGAGAAGUUCCACCAGGAGCAAUUUGGCGAGGAUUGA